GUGUGGAGAGAGACCGCCUACGGGAGCGGGAAAGACAGGCUCGUGCGCAAAUGUCGCAAGUUCCAGACCUAGACGAUCCGGGCUCUGGCCCCCUUUUUGACCAACCGAAAAGAGUAAAUCCUUCGGAAACCGACCAUGUCACGCAACAGAUCCAGCAGAAGCUCGGCGACUUCCAAGUGUUUCGUCCUUUUCUGGAUCAAAAGGACCACAUCCUUAUCGGCGUGGAUGGGGUCCCGCCCAGCCCUGGCGGGCCGCUCCAGCCGUCCAGGCACUUGCCCCCCGGCUAUCCGCAGCCCCAGGCCAACUUGGCCGCCCCAAGUGAUGAUGAUCGUUUAACGAAAAACGCCUUCUCCAGGUUGCAGCCGUCUCCGGACGGGCGGCCCGAGUUCAAGAAGCCGAACCACAACCUGCAGCCGGGGGGCGGGCACGCGCGCGGCGGCUACCAGAAGCUGGCCGAGAGCAAGCCGCCGUACGCUGGCCGCGGCGACUACCCCGGCCAGCCGGGCGGCGGCAUCACCAACCACCGCUCCAAGGGCAUCAUGCCGGCCAAGGGCCCGCCCCUCUCCUCGCCGACGGCGUCCUCGUCCUCGUCGGCGGCGGGCGGCGCGCCCGCCUCCUCCGCCUCGUCCUCGAGGGCGCACCAGCAGCACCGCCUGGGGCGCGCGCCCCACGAAACGAACAAUCAACCAGCUCCGAUGCCUGCGCCCAGGGAAGCCUUGCCAUUUCAAACGCCCAGUGGCGGAGACGUUGACAACAUAUUUAAGGAAAUGAUAAGGGUUCCAGCACCAUUGGGUGGGAUCGCUGCUACUCCAAGAAUUGAUUUGGACAACAAAUAUCGACAAAAUUUUAAUAAUUUAGGGAUUAACGAAGCUACCCCAGUGUAUGCACCAUCCACCAAAAGAAAGGAACGUCUCCCAGGACAGGCGCCCAUAGCACCUGACCUGACAGAUGAUCUCAACCUAUCAGAAAGCGAUGACGAGCACAAGCCACCUACGCAUGCGCCAUUAGGAAGAAUGUUGUCUCCCAUCGCGGCCACGCCGGCCCACCCGUUCGCCAACAACAACCUCCACCCGCACCCGAAAAUGGAGCGGCAUAUCGCCGCCCCGCCGCCCCCGAUAGCGCCCCUCUCGCCCGUCAACUCGUCCUCCAGCGACUCCGGAUCCGACUCCGGUUCUGACUCGGAUUCUUCGAGCGACGACUCUGCCGAGGAGCCCGUCACCUCGGCGGCGGCUGUGCCGGCCCCGAAAGCACCGGUGGCGGCGGUCGCGGCGGCGGCGCCCGCCCCCGCCCCGCCCGAAGUGCCCGUCAGCGUGUCCCCGGAACGAGAGAUACGGUGGAAUCUCGCUUCGUUCGUGUCCAGUCAGAACGUGGCGAACAGCAACGAUCCGUCUUCUAUCAUGUCGCCGAAGGUGGAUACAUCCGGCCAGCAAUCCAACCAGAUUUCGAUACCUGAGAGUCCUGACAGCAUGAAGAAAGGUACCGAGGACUCGGACACAAACGAUUCCAAGGAUAUUGUCAGAGUGGUUCAGGAGAAGCUGGCACGAGUACCGAACCUGAUCUCCUCGUUCUCGGACGAUUCCGAUCACCACAGCGCGAAAGAACCGGCGUCGACGACGGCGCCCUCUAGCGUUAGCCGGCGCGCCAAACGCGCCACGGAGCCGACGCCCUCCAGGGACGAUAGCGACAGCGAUUCGGUGCGCGUCGCCGCGAAAGCCACCGGCAAACCGACGGUUAAACCGGUCGCGCUCGCCAAACCGACCGUAGAUUCGCUCAGCGAUAGCGACAGCGAAGCGCCCAGGGCGCCGCUCAGCAGCAGCGGCGGCAAAAAGGCGCCCGCCCCGAAGCAAGCCAAGGUUGUUAAGCCGAAGUCCGGCAGGGGGCGCCCCAGGAAGAACAAGACGCCAAACAGUUCAGAUACUGAAGUCAAGGUUAAGAGACGGGGUAGGCCUCCGAAAAACUCUCAGCUGUCCCCGGGGAGUCCGGGGGAUAGGGAGGCGGUGCGCGCGAAGAAACGCGGGCGCCCGCCCAAAGCCGCGCACCGAGCGCCCUCCAGCAGCUCGGACGAGGAGGACUCGAAGUUCGAGAAACCCGUGCCGCCCAGGCGCAGGACGAAAUCCAAGCUGCAAACCUCGUCGAGUUCCGACUCGGACAGUCCGGUGAGGAGGAGGAAGAGCGUCAGCAGUCGCAGGUCCUCGGAUAGAGAGAGUCCUAAGAAGAAGCGGGCGGAGGAUAAGGUUAAGAAGGGUAAGAACGCGAAGAACAGGAGUUCGGAUAGAGAGUUGGACUACAAGAGGAAAAAGGAGACGUCCGUGUCGCCUUACAAGCGUAAGGGUAUAAGCGCGGAAACGUUGCCGACGACCACGGACAGUGACGACAGUGAUGUGCCUCAAAAGAAACGCAACGUGAGUUCGUCGGACUCGGACGCACCGCCGAAACGCGACGACAGUUCGGACAGUGACGCGCAGACGCCGAACAAGGACGAUAAAAGCGUGGAGUCGGUGCAGGACAAGAACAAGUUCGUAGCUUUACGGAACCUGUUCACUCCCAAGCGGGACGCGGAGGGGGGCAAAGGUGGCGGCAAAGGCGGCGGCAAGGGCGGCAAAGGAAAGGGCGGUGUGGACGUUAUAAUCGUGGACGGCGAUUACGAACGAAGUUCGUCGUCGGUGGAAGACGAAGCGAUGCCCGUCACCACGAAUCCCGCCCUUUUAUCGCCCAUUAAAAAGGAGACGCCGCCCCCGCAACCGAACCCCUUCAAAACCGCGAAAACAAAGACUGAAUUUAUUGGCGACGACUCGGGCGGCAAGGUGAUGGUGAAAGUCGAUCUGAACAGGCUGGACCUGGUCAGGAUACCCGCCUUGAGGCGGCAUCUAGAACGCGUCCAGCACCACACUGUCGUCAUGCAGAUGGAGGGCGCCAAGGAGAAGAUCAAGGCCGAUCUUUUCGGUAGCAGUAACACCGACAAACUAGACUUGGAGAGUGGGGAUGCCAAGGAGAAACUGUCCCUCUCCAAGGAGGAUUCGUCGACGAAAAAGCCGGUGAAACCGGAAAAGGAACACAAACACAAGUCCAAGAAGCGGAAACGCCGCAACAGCGGAAGUUCGAUGUGUUCGCAGGCGAGCAGCGCCUCUCUACAAACGGCCACCAAGAAAAAGGAGCACAAAAAGGACAAGGAGGGCAAGGAGAAUCACAAAUCCAAAAGGCGGAAAGAUGAAUCUUCAGAAAAUAACCCCAGAUCUCAUUUGACCGGUGAUAAUCUCAACUUGCAAGCGAUGCCGCCGACGAACCACGAGCGGGAACCGGUCGAAAGCCGGCUGUCCGGCGGCGGCGGACAGCCGUCGUCCCUGACGUCGGCGUCGGCCAACGACGUCAUGAAACCGAGCCGGUCCCAGUCGAAUCGCGAGUACCACUCGUACUUUGACGUCGUCGAGGAAACAACCGAGUACGACGAAAGGGACCAGAAUCAGUACCUGAGCGAUGCGAAAAGGCUUAAACACCUCGCCGACAAAGAGACUGACCCCAUAAAACAAUGCCUACUUUAUUUGGAAGCAGUGCUGUUUUUCCUGCUGACGGGGAACGCGAUGGAGCACGAAAGUGUCACCAAAAAAGCGGCAUUUACCAUGUACAAAGAUACUCUUAGUUUAAUAAAAUAUCUGUCGGCAAACUUUAGGAAUCAGCAAAACGUUUCGCCUGUGCACAACAAACUGGCCGUUUUAAGUUACCGGUGUCAAGCUUUGCUGUACAGCAAAUUGUUUAAAAUGAGGAAAGUUGAAGCUAAGGACAUACAGAAAACUCUGUCUGAUUACUGUUCUAAGAACGCGUCGAUGGGGGCGCAGGAGCAGGCCGGCGGCAACCAGGGGCAGGGCACGCCGUCCCCGCUGUCGCCCACCCCCUCGCCCGCCAGCUCGGUGGGCAGCCAGUCGUCGGGCUACAGCUCGUCGGAGGUGGCGGCGCAGCAGCGCUCGGGCGUCUGGAUCCCGCUGCCGGUGCACGGCGCCAUGACCAAGCAGAACCAGCUCUUCACCUAUCUCGUCUCCUACACCGAGCUGUGGGAGAUGGCCGACCAGCUCGUCUUCAAAGGCCAACACGCCGAUUUUUUUAUCGAACUGGACAGACAGUGCAAACCUCUGACGUUACACAGUUCCCUGAUCGAUUUAGUGCGAUACGUGCGCGAGGGAAUCAACCGGCUCAAGAAGGAGCGCUAA